AUGGAAUUUUGGCCUAUUUUAUUUAAAAUUGGUAAUAGGCCUCAACUACAACCAAUGGUAGCAGCAAUUUACUGUGGAGAAACUAAGCCACCUUUACGCGAAUAUCCAACUCAGUUCGUUGAUGAAUUAAAUAAUAUUUUGAAAAAUGGAGUUUUAGUUAACGAGCAGAAGAUACAAGUCAAAAUUAAAUAUUUUGUCUGUGACACCCCAGCAAGGAAUUUCAUUAAAGGUACGGUUGGGUUUAAUUCGGCUAACGGAUGCAUAAAAUGCACGGUUAUUGGGGACUAUGAUAGAGGGGGAAGAUAUAUGAGCUUUCCAAAAAUCGACUGUCCACUUAGAACCGAUGAAAGUUUUCGCAAUAAAACUGACGAUGAUCAUCAUAAAGAGGAUUCACUCCUAAUAAAAUUACCCAUAGAUAUGGUUGACGAUAUUAUAGUGGCAGAUUCUUUACAUUUGUUUCACGUAGGUUUAAUGCGAAAAUUCUUAUAUGGAUGGGUCAAUGGCAGCUACAAUUUUCGUACAAAACUUUCCGAAGCAGAUAUUGAUAAGCUAUCAGAUAUGUAUUGCAGAAGACUGCAAUAA